AAAAUACUUUAUCGAUUAUAUUUUACUCAACUUCCGGUUUUGUCAACUAAUAAACAAAAAUGUCGGAAUACGAUGCAGUUCAGAAGGGUUCUCUGAAACUUAAAGGAGUUUCUGACCAUAAGAUAAAGAAGAAGAAGAAGAAAAAGAGCAAAGAGAAAGAUGCAAUGAAAGUGUUUGACCAGAUUACUUCACAUUCAAAGAAUACAGACGAAGACAAAUCGCAACAUCAAGAAUUGAGGGACAUAAGAACAAAGGCAGAAAUAGCUGCAGAUAAAGCCAGAGAGAAAAGGAAAGCGGCAGAAAUUAUAGAAAAGGCCAGCAAGACUCAUAAAGAGAGAAUCAUGGACUUUAACAGUCAGCUGGACAACUUAUCUGAACAUUUUGAUAUUCCCAAAGUUAGCUGGACAAAAUGAGAGCCUUCAGCAGCCAUUGAAAUUCAGUCACUACGGAUUUUGCUUCCAGCAGUGUAGAUUAAGAAGAAAAUGUUUACUAACAGAAAGAGCUAGUUAUAGGAUAUCACCUGUGUGUUAUUGUUAUUGGAGCUUGCUUAUAGAUAUGAUCUGAAAUUCAUGGACAAUUUUAAUGUAUAUAUAAAUUACUUCUGAAUUCUUUUGAUUUUAUACGUUUAUGAUUUAAAAAAAAAAAGAUGUACCUUGGUGGGGGGGGGGGG